AAACUACCUCACUUAUCUAUUUCACGUUUCCUACAGAGAUCUACUUUUGUUUACUUGGAACCCCACCCUAAAUAAAUAAAGACUGUUCCUAAGCUUUCACACCUGGCUCGUGCAUCCCUAGCGCGAAAUGAUGCAACACCGCAGAAGUCUCCCAAACCUUUGAACUCGCGCAACCCUCACUGACCCGGACAACACUCCACCACCUCCCGGGCCGUUUCACGAUCCCACCUCCAAGACAUGGCGGAAGCAACAUCCACCUCCGCGCCUUUAGCCAACGGCACCCAAACCAACCAGGACUUCAAUUCCAUAUGGGCGGACAAAUACAGAGGGGCUACAGUCGAAGACCUCGACCCACCUCCCGCCCUCUCCGUCCACCCAAAGGACCCCAUCUCCGUCGCCCUCCUCUCCGGCCUCGAGCGCGACUACACGCACCUCACCGUCACCUCUCCCACUGACCGCUCCUUACUCGGCUACAUCAGCAUCCCGCGCCUGCAAUCGCUUCUCAAAGACGGCAUCGUGUCGGACUCGGACCCCGUGGAGAAAGCAAUGAUGAAGUUCAGGCGGAGGGGGACGAGGUACAAGGUGAUUACAUUGGAGACGCCGUUGGAGGAGUUGGAGGCGUUUUUCAAGGGGGGUGUGGAUGGUAGUGGGGCGCAGGAGUUUGCGGUUGUGACGGAUGCGGGGAGGAAGUUUGUGCUCGGGGUGGUGACGAGGGGGGAUUUGGAGGGGUUUGUGAAGAGGAGGGCUUGAUGUGGGGGUAUUGUGGGGUAUUACGGGAGAGUAGAGAAUAGGAGGAAAGAAGGGAGGAGGGGAGAACAGGCGUAGAGCGUGCAUUUCAUGGCGUUGGCGGGGGCAUCUUUGGGCUGGGUAAGAAGGGCUAUCUUUUUGGUUGCGUGAGUGAUUCGGGAGGGUACCACAUAAUGAAUCAUGGCAUUUCUUUCAACAAGGAAUUGGGGAUGUUUCGCUAUCGGUCGGGGGGAAUGAAGACUACCAAACCGACGUGAGUUCGCAGACACAUUGGAUGCAAGUCCUCUCGCGUACUUUCAGAUGGAUAAGCUUAUCGCAGAGAUUAAU